AUGGCCAAUCAGAACCAGAAGAGGUAUCCAGCUCAAUCUGAUUUUCCAGACUUAAGCAAAAGCAAUGCUCUUCUAAAAGAUUAUUUGACUCAAGACAUCUACGCUAAACUUCGUGAUGUCAGAACAUCAAGUGGUUUCACAUUUGAUCGAGCAAUCCAACACUGCCUUGAUAGAGUUACAGAAACUAUCGGCAUUGUCGCUGGUGAUGAGGACUCGUAUACUGUGUUCGCAGAUAUUUUUGGUCCAGUAAUAGAACGGUACCAUAAAAUCGUCCGGGCUGAAUGUAUGAAUGUAACUGAUCUGUCUCCCGAAAAGAUAACAGGAGAGAUUUUUGACGAGAAUUAUGUUGUCAGUACCAGAAUACGAGCAAGUCGAAAUAUUCGUGGAUUUUGCCUGCCGCCAUUCUGCUGUAGAUCUGAGCGAAGGGCAGUGGAAAGAAGUAUUGUCUGUGCCCUAAAUUCAUUUCCUGGUGGGGAGUAUCACCCUCUGUCGACCAUGGAUGAUGCAUUGUGCAAAUCAUUGAUGUCAAACCAUUACCUGUUUAGAACACCUAAAGUCGGAUUCCAAUUAGUAUCUGGAUGUGCUAGAGAUUGGCCCGAUGCACGGGGCAUUUGGUAUACCGAGGACAAAACGUUGAUAUUUUGGGUGAAUGAAGAAGACCACAUGAGAGUAAUUUCCAUGCAGCCAGGGGGUCAUGUAAAGGAGGUUUUCACACGAUUUUGCAAUGCAAUGAAACAGGUUGAACAAACGCUGAAAAUCCAGAACCAUCAAUUCAUGUGGAGGGCUGAUCUAGGUUACCUCAGUACUGAACCAGCUAACCUCGGCACAGGAUUGAGAGCGAGUGUUCAUGUUAAACUGCCGAACUUAUCCAAGCAUCCAAGGUUUUAUAAAAUAUUAUCAUCUUUAAAACUAGAGUGUCGUGGAACAGCCGGAUAUGGUAGUGCUAUCAAAGAUGGUAUAUGUGAUAUUUCUAAUUCAGUACGUCUCGGUGUUUCUGAAGUCUAUUUGGUGCAGACGUGGAUAGAUAAUGUCAACCUUCUCAUUCAGAUAGAAAUGCGAUUAGAAAAUAUACAGCCUAUUGAUGAUUUACUUCCUAUGUGAUGUUUAUGCUUACACUUCGUUUUCUGAUAGCAAUAUAAAAAAGUUUGAUACAUUAGUAAGUAUGUUGAGUCCACAAGCGAGGGUUUAUGGGGGAAAUGUCAUACAUUUGAAAGAGUCGUGUUAAUUAUGUACGAAAUUAAUAAUUCUUGACUGUUAAUAUGUGGAGUCCCUCUAUUUGCUAAUAGUGGAAACACUACAUUCAUCAACAGGUUAUUACCCAUGGCACAUUUAAAACACAGAUUAUCGGCCUUGUAAUGUUUUAUAUUAUAUGAUUAGUAUAUAUAACCGUGGGGUUUAAACCACUCACCAAAUCGUACAAUUACCCAUACAAAUCCGGGAUGCAAGUUUAAUGUUUUUAAUGUAUUUAAAUAUUUGUUUUUUUAGAAUGAUUAUUUAUUUCAGCCGCGUCUUUGUUCAUAAGUAUUUAUUCUAGUACACUCAUGUAUACAAGUUACAAUAAAACACUAUAAUUGUUUCUCAUU